AUGGAAGUAGAAUCACCAAAGCAAUCCUACAACGAAACAAUCCUAGACAAACAGGCAUGCAACCAAGGAAAUUACUACGACAUGGAACACCAGUCCACCCCAGAAGGGUGCAAGGGUAAACAUAUAGAAGGUUCAAUUCCUCUAUCACCAGAAGAAAAAGAAAGAUUAUACCAGCCAUGGAAAUUCUCAGUAAUUAUCAAAGUCUUCAAAAGAAAAAUUCUUCAUCACAUGCUACGCCCUAAAUUAAUUGAACUAUGGAAGCCAUCCGAACAGUUAAUCUUGAUUGACCUAGGAUGGGACUUCUUCAUAGUGAAAUUUAAUUUAGAUGAGAGUAUGGUGAAGGCACUGCAUCUUGGACCAUGGUUUAUAUCUGGCCACUUUCUUUCUGUCCGAAAAUGGGAACCAAAGUUUGUUCCACAUGAAGCCACGCUUACUUCUACUGCCAUCUGGAUAAGACUACCUCAACUCCCAACUGAAUUCUACGACAAAGUCAUUCUAGAGAAAGUUGGGAGGAAACUUGGGAAACUCCUGAAAAUUGAUCAAUGUACCUCCUCCACGUUAAGAGGGAGAUAUGCACGCAUUUGCAUCCAAGUGCCAUUGGAAUCGCGAGUGAAAACAUCAGUGAUCAUUGGUGACCAUAAACAAUCAGUGAUUUAUGAAGGAGAAGGAACACUAUGUACAAGUUGUGGGAGGAUAGGACAUACAUCCAUAAGAUGUACAUACAGCCAGCGUCAACCAGUAGCAGCCAAUGAUUCUCAGCAACACCAUCAAACGGACUCCCCACCGAAGGAGAGCCAAUGGAAGACAAUAACAUUCCCAAGAAGACGGAAGCAGGGACAGCUAAAAACAUCUCCAAAUGCGGAAGAUCAUCCUAUUAGACAACACAACAAUAUGCAGGUAGAGGAAAGCCAGGUAAAUAAGUCCAAUGACUUUUCAGGUAAGCCCCCCCAACCCAAAGCUUUUAAUUACAACGUUAAAAAUCAGAUAAACAGUACCCAAAAACUUCCAAAGAGGCAACAAGGACCAACAAAAAUAACCACCAGCGGCCCAAAAAUGCCAAGGCGCUUGCCUACCCCAAGUACAACAGAGCUGCACAACACGGGCUCUAAAAGGAAAGCGGGGCUCAAUUCUGAAGACCCCACAAUUAGCACCCACCAGCCCAAACCACCAGUGGGAUCCAGUCCAACUACUGAGGCACCAAUUAUUACCUCAAGUAGCGUGCCCAAUGGGGCCAUCCGCAUGCAAUCAAAUGAACCGGAAACCUUAGGCCCCAAAGUCUAUGCUUCCCCUACCACAUCUACUGUGAACACCUCUAAUGGAGAAAACCCAAGCGACAGAUAUGGCAAUCGAGUGCCCUGUCUGCAACUUCCCCCUUCAACAAUCGAAAAGACCCCAAGGGUCACCUCCGUUACAUCCACAAUUAAUAACCGUCCAAAAACCCUAAUCCCAAAAUAA